AUGCGGAUUUCCUUCAUCUUUGCCGCCGCAGCGACUCUCGGGCUGGCUUAUGCCGCGCCAGUUCCGGCUGCUGGAGCUUUGACGGCUCGUGAAGAGGGCAUCUACGAUUAUUACGAUAUCGAUGCGAAGGCUACCAAGCACAAGCGUGAGGAGGGGAUUUACGAUUACUACGACAUUGGCGCGAAGGCCUCUCGCAAGGAUAAGCGGGAAGAAGGCAUCUACGAUUACUACGACAUUGAUGCAAAAGCUACUAAGCACAAGCGGGAAGAGGGGAUUUACGACUAUUACGACAUCGAUGCCAAGGCUACCAAGAGCAAGCGUGAGGAAGGUAUUUAUGACUACUACGACAUUGAUGCGAAGGCUACCAAGAGCAAGCGGGAGGAAGGUAUUUAUGACUACUACGACAUUGAUGCGAAGGCUACCAAACACAAGCGGGAGGAAGGGAUCUACGACUACUACGAUAUCGACUCCAAAACUACCAAGCACAAGCGGGAAGAAGGGAUCUACGACUACUACGACAUUGGGGCCAAAGCCAGCAAGAACAAGCGAGAAGAGGGGAUUUACGACUACUACGACAUCGACUCCAAGGCUACCAAGGCUAAACGCGAGGAAGGCAUCUACGACUACUACGACAUUGGGGCAAAGGCAGAGAAGCGGACCCCUCAGGAUUUCGCCGAUGAAGCUCCUCACGGGCAUUGA